AUAGCAGCCCUGUUGGAGCAGAACAAGGCCAGUCCAACACCAGAACUAGCAACCAAAAUACACAAAUUGCUCACAUCACCGGAGCAGAUGGGACCAAACGACUAGGCCUCCAGGAGAUUAGCGAUACUUUUGCCCAAUUCUACUCCAAGCUUUAUAACUUGAAAGAUGACCCUAAUAUUCACAACCCCACUGACUUGGAAAUACGCUCAUUCUUCGAAGACAUUGACCUCCCACAAAUUAAACAAACACAACUAGACGACCUGCUCAGACCCAUCUCGUUACAAGAGAUAGAAGAUCUUAGGGGUGCUAGGCAGGGUGGCCUAUUGAUAGUUUUAGACACUGAAAAGGAGUUUGACCACAUUGGCUGGCCCUUCCUGAGAGGGGCUCUGGGGUCCCCUGAGUAA